AUGACAAUCGCCACUGACAAACGAAUUGCCAUUAUUGGAGCUGGUCCAUCUGGGGCUAUUGCUCUAGACACAUUUCUUGAAUACGGAUUCUCCAAGAUCAGGGUAUUCGAGAGAAAGAAGGUUCCUGGAGGAACUUGGAAUGAUGAUAAACAAGUAGGCGUUCCGGUUGACAACGUGCUGCCCACAAUUGAUGAACCCAAUGCUGAUGCACCAAUACCAGUUCCUGAAGAGGUUGCAGCAGGCACUAAAGACGAGCCAGUGACCAUCAAAACUCAUAAUACUAAACGAAGGUACGAAGAAGCUUCAAUCUAUCCUGAGCUUGAGACGAACAUUAUACCUCCUUUAAUGUCGUUCAGAAAGAAGCCUGUACCAAAGGAACCAACUUCAAACUCUUUUGAAAAGUAUGGAGAAGCUGACACAUUUCGAAAAGCAGAUACGAUCAAUAGGUAUGUUACCUCCUUUUUUGAAGGUAGAGAUAAUUUUGUGUCCUAUAAUACUACAGUAGAAAAGGCCGAACAACCAGAAGGGCCUGGCACACCUUGGGUGCUGACUUUACGUAAAUCUAUCGAUGCAGAAAACUCUGAAUGGUGGUCUGAAACAUUUGAUUUCUUGUAUGUCGCGAUCGGAAGGUUCAAUGUACCACGGGCUGACAAUAUUCCCGGGUUGAAGGAGGCGGCAAAGAUAGUUCCACCAGGAACUAUCUUACAUACAAAGUACUAUCGAGACCCCAAACAUUUCUCAGGAAAGAAAACCCUAAUUGUAGGUGCAGCAUUCAGUUCAAUCGAUAUUGUUCACCUAGUUCGAGAUUAUGCCCAAGCCCCAUUAUACCUAUCUGCCAAUAUAGUUAUCGCAUUUAUUCUCGAUGCAUUCAAACAACCGUUUGUAGAUGCUCGAGGUAGAAUUGCCAAGAUUGAAGUUAACAAGGAUGGUAAAACCAUUGAUGCUUACUUUGAAGAUGGUUCGGUUGUAGACCAGAUUGAAAGACUCGUCCUGUCGACUGGUUAUAAGACUUCAUAUCCAUUUUUGGAAGAAUAUACAGCAAAGUACGGUGGUCUAGUGACGAAGGAUAACUUGUUGAAAAAUACAUAUCUCACUACAUGGUGGAAUCAAGACCCCAGUUUAGCUAUUGCGGGUGUUUUUACAGACGGUGUACUCCUGAAAGCAUCUGAGACACAGGCCGCUGCAACAGCUGGUUUGUGGAGUGGAUUACCUGGAUCCGGGCUCCCUUCGAAAGAAGAGCAAAUCAAGUGGGAAACUGACAGAAGAAAUAAUCAAAAAUUGGCUGUAGAAUGGCAUAUUUGGUUCCCUGAUUUUGGCAGUAUAUUAAAUCAAAUUCUUCAAGUUGGAGGAGGUUCGGCUCAACUUUCUAAAAUAUCUGGCGUCGAUUUCAGUGACUCUGAUGAACUUGCUAAUUACCAGCUACAAAGCUUCGGAUUGAAAUCUGUUUAUUGGAGCAAAGUCGCCAAAGAUUGGAUUGAAAAGCAUCCUGAUUCUCAAGACCGUUACAACAAGACAGUCGAAUAUAUUGAUAGUAUCAAGUGGCCAAAGUCAGAGUAG